CCAUCAUCUAAGAAGACAGAUCCAAUUACUGCUAAAGGUUUUUUAUGGAUGUCAGCAGAGGAGUUAGUGACAUCUGUGACACUGUCGUUUUAGGUUUGGUGGGGAGACAAGGAUGAAGAACCUUGGUCAAGCAUUUCUGACCUUCAAACUUCAAAUGGGUACAAACUUCUUCCUCUUCUUCAAAGGAACACAAGCACCAUGCUAUUCCCAUUAAGGUGUUUUUGUCUGGAGGUGGCUAUGCUUUCUUAUCUAAUGUGGGAAAAUGCAACCAAACAAGUAAGUCAGGCUGCGAUGGCCAAAGUGUUUAACCACUGCUUUAUGGAAGAACAAGGUAGAAGAUGACAACCAGAGUAGUUAUACCAUCUUAUCUUUCCUCCAGAGAAGAAAGGAAGACAAAUUUCCACUUUAGAUUCUCUAGUGUUUUACUUUCAGGAGCUUUUGUUCUCACAUGUGCUCCUGUGCCUAAGGACAUGGGUCAAGUGGUGCUGUGGGGCAGCUGGUGACCCUAAAUGAGCCAGUACUGUGAAUCUGGAGAACACGCUUCCAAUUCCACCACUUCAGGACAAAAUGAAAUAAACCAUCCAAGGACACUGAAGGCAGUUUUCCAAAAACGGACACUUGCUUUUGGCCAAGAGGAUUUCCUGAGCAGCCCAAGUGGCUGAGGAUCUCAUCCCAAACAGUUGUGAUCAGUGGGGUAUCUCCUUGUGCACAAACCGGGCUUAGGGAUUGUCUUUAUUCAUGCUUCUUCCAAAACAUGGCAUUGCUGCUAACUUGUGUAAACUAUUGUCCUUGGACUUCAGCUCAGGCUCUGAUAGCUUUUGUAAGAGCGUUUGUAUCAAAAUAUUAUUGUGCUGGAGUCUCUAAGGCCAUCUGGGGCUUUGUGCAGACAGGGUGCUUACAAAUGAAUGUGAACCAAAGCAAAUCAGCAUUGCUUGGCAGGGAUGAAAUGCAUUGCUGGGGUCUGUCUCUGCCAAGUGAGACUGCUUGGCCCCGGUCCCAUUCUUCAGGGGGAUUGUCUGUCAAAACACAAUUUGGCUUUGUGAGGCAUCAUGGUUACAUGGCUCACUGUGUCUUUAACUCCUCUCAGGCCUCGUGCUGCUGCUAUUUGUGAGUGGAGAUCUGUAAAUUUCUCUCUCUCUCAACAGGGCUCAGGUUGUGGCAUUUUGCACCAAGCAUCCCUCAGGUUGUGCUUUUCCUUAGGAGCUCUCAAUCAGCAGAUUGCAACUCUCUUGAAAGGAAGACUUUAUUUCUUUAGUGCUGUGAGAUAAUAAAAAGACAUCACUUUGUGACAUCUUGUGAUGGAGGCCCAGCUUCUCAGCCUUGCCACCUCAAACAUCAGGUCAUCCUUUCAAGGUGAGUCCAACUUGGUUAUCUGAUUACUGUCCUUAAUUAUCCCACCCCUGAUGAGCAGCAGCUGCAGCUUCUGCCAAGUCCCCCUGGCAAGCCCAGAGGGCAAGCUAGGACAUCAACAUGAACAUGCUCACCCUGCUAACGAUGCAUAAUCACAAGUGCCUCCCCACUUCUGAACAUUUUUAAGAGUUCAUUCACCUUCCAUAUGCACAUAGGAAGCAAUUACUUGGGUGGCUUUGAGCCCAUGCUUUUUGCCACAAUGACAUCCCGCAGAGAGCACUAGCAGAAAUCCUGUCCCUGAGCACUGUCUCUGCUGAGCCUUCUGUCUGUGCUGAGACCUGGCCAUGCUUGGAGGUGCAGGUGACAGACAGCACGUGCCACCCUGCCUGGGCUGUCACAUCACCCUCUGGCCCAGCACGCAGCUGCAGCCCCCCCUGGGCAGUUGUGGUAGCAGCAGCAGCAGCCUCGCACAGUCUGGGAUGCUCACAGCUCGGCUGCCCUGCUCACGCAGCCUGCAGCUUUCCUCUCCUGUUGCACAGCGUGCGUGCUUUCCUUCCAUUCCUAGCUGCUGCCUUGGUUAAAAUAAACCACAGGGUCCUCACUACUGAGUGUUAGGAGGGGAAGAAAAACCUAAGUGCACAACAGAAGAGUAUGCAACAAGUCAAAACAGAUGGCAAGGUAAAACCCAGCUUUUGAAUCACGUGUUUACUUGCGGCAAGCCAAGCUCCUUGUGCCUGGCAUUUGGGGCUGGCUGUGCUGUGUUUCACUGGCACGCUCACACCUCUGGAGAGCUGUGGCAUCUCUCUCAGCCUGACAAAUACUUUGGAGGAUUCUUGUGCACGAGGAAAAGCCAAAGUAGGUGGUUUUUAUAGGCAGCCUGCUUCAUAGGGGGUCUGGCCUGAGCUGCAGGAAGGCUGGGAGCCCAGUAGCCCUGGCUGGAGUAGGGUGCUGUGCCCUGCUGGCCUUGGCACUGUCUCCUUCAGGAGAGGGCUGGGGCACAGGACCCGCUGUCAUCCCAGCAGAGCAGGCCUGGUGGCAGCUCGCUACACACCUCUCUGUCCUUCUCCUGGACAACGGAUGUGCUGGCAGCCCCAAAACUGCUGUCUGACCUGGGCUGCAAUGUGGUUGCACGGAUCUGGCAUGGUUCUGCUAAGAGCUGCUGUUGUGCCAAGAGACGGACAAAAGUAAAGCAGGCAAGAUAAGAUAAGCGAAAAUAGAGAGGCCUAAAGUUGCCAAGAUUGUAACAGCUGAGUGAAGAAGUGUGAAGAACCUUGCCCUGGCUCGGGGUGCCGGCACCUGGUGCUUUGUGUUCAGCCCUUGCACAGGUGCGGGCGGUUCAGAGGAGGGCAAAGGGGAGGCAGGCUGUGAGGGAAGCUGGUGGCCGUGCUGCUCAGCCGGCAGCGCUUGGCCGAGCGGGAUUAAUGGGAGGCAAUGUCCUGCGCUGCGGGAAAGCCGGGCUGCGGAGACAUCGGCACUUCUGUGCUGACGGGAGGAGGACCUUGCAGGGAAUUGCGACCAAGGCGCAAACAACUCUUCAUUAAUGUGAAACUUGGCACCGCCCAGCUCUUACCCCUGACAGCGGUACCGACAGCCAAGCAAAACGCUGCGUUCUCAGCGCUGAAGGCUGGCUUUUCCUAUUAAAGCACGAGGAGCUGCUUACUCCCGCAGCACGCCGAGGACCGUCCCUGGCGGUGCCCCGCUCGCUGACCCCCCUUCCACACAGCGGCCCGGCAGCCCAUCAUCCGCUCGCAAUUAACGCGCGGCGACGCAGCGCGGCUGUAGCUUUAAAGCGGGUGGAAGAGAGCGGUGCCAGGUCCGGCCCCGCCGCACAGCCCUCGCCUCUCGGCCCGCCAUGGGGAGCCGCGCGAUCUUCGUCUUCCUCGCCCUCCUCUCCCUCGCCUCUGCCCGCCGCAAGCUGCUGCUUUUCCUCCUCGACGGUUUCCGCUUCGACUACAUCGACGACGCGGAGCUGGAGUCCCUGCCGGGCUUUCGGGACAUCAUCGGCAUGGGAGUGAAGGUGGACUACAUGACCCCCGACUUCCCCAGCCUCUCCUACCCCAACUACUACACGCUGAUGACGGGUCGCCACUGUGAGGUUCAUCAGAUGAUUGGAAACUACAUGUGGGACCCGAAGACAAACGUUUCUUUUGAUAUUGGUGUGAAUAAAGAAAGCCUCCUACCUCUCUGGUGGAAUGGAUCAGAGCCUUUGUGGGUCACAAUGAUGAAAGAAAAAAAGAACGUUUUCAUGUACUACUGGCCAGGUUGUGAGGUUGAAAUCCUUGGAGUCAGACCAAGUUAUUGCCGCGAAUACUUCAGCGUCCCAACAGACCAAAACUUUGCGGAUGCUAUCAGCGAUGCUCUCGAGGCUCUCCGCAAUGGCAGCGCUGAAAUGGCAGCUGUGUACUACGAGCGCAUCGAUGUGGAAGGCCACCACUAUGGCCCCUGGUCUGAGCAGCGGAAGAGUGCUCUGAAGGAGGUGGACAAAGCCAUGAGCAAUAUGAUCACACAGAUUAAGAACAAGGGCCUUCAGCAUGACGUCAAUGUCCUCCUCUUUUCUGAUCACGGGAUGACGGACAUCUCUUGGACAGACAAAUUGAUUGAGCUGAAAAACUACAUCAAUAUGAGUGAUACAAUACAAAUGAAGGACCGAGGUCCUGUUGUGAGCCUUUGGCCAGUUCCAGAGAAGCACACAGAGAUAUAUCAAAAAUUGAAAGCUGUAGAACACAUGAAUGUUUACAACAUACAGGAUAUUCCAGAGAGGUUUUUCUAUAAAAAAGGAAAAUUUGUGUCUCCUCUAACUCUUGUGGCUGAGGAGGGAUGGUUCAUAGUAGAGAGCAGGGACAAGCUGCCCUUCUGGGAGAAUGGCACAGGGAAGAGAGAGGCCUGGCAGAACGGCUGGCACGGCUACGACAAUGAGCUGAUGGAGAUGAGGGGCAUCUUCCUCGCAUAUGGGCCAGAUUUCAGAUCCAACUACCGCGCGCCUCCCAUCAGAUCUGUGGAUGUUUACAACGUCAUGUGCAGCCUGGCAGGAGUGCAGCCACAGCCAAACAAUGGCUCCUGGUCCAGGGUGGAGUGCAUGCUGAAGAACACGGCUGUCCGCGUGCCACUCUGCACACGGAGCGGCUGUGUGCUGGCACUGACUCUGCUCUUGCUCUUCUGGUUGCUGUGAUCCCCAAACAAUGUCGGUCAGUGUUGCCAGCAACUUGAUUCUUUUUUUUUUUUUUAAUUUCUUCUUCCUUUUCCCUCACUCCCCCCCCACCCAAGAAUUUCUUCAUUUGAGUAAUAGCUUCCUUACUAGCGUGCUGUCCUCAUCCAUCUGCUGUGCUGCCCAGGCGUGAAUCUGACCACACCAGCUUUUACACCAGUUAUAAUGCAGAGCCAGUUUGUGUGCUGCUCUAAACACAGCCAGAAAAGCCGGUAUUGCUGCUCUGAAUUUACAGCACUGGUGACAGGAGCAGGAUUCAGGCCAGCUAUCAGCCACAUUUUCUGGUGGGUGCAUAUGGAGACUCCUGGACAUCAGACACAGCUUACCCAGCAAGUUUAACAGAGAGGCUGACCCUGGCUGCUAGUAGUGGGAAGCUCAGGCAUAGAGAAAGACCUCGGUGCAUUUACCUGAGCUCUUUCUGGUUUGUCCUUUACCCCAGCAAACCUCCACCUUCUCCUCACAAGGCCAGCCAGGCACAGCCUAAACAGACCAAAGAGCCAUGCUCUUUGCUGAGCGAUCUGAGUGCCAACAAAGGCGGAUCAGGACGAGAGCAGUGAGAGCAUCCUACCUAUCUUAGCCUUUCCUCCUUCACUUUCCCUUAAAGCGAGCCCUGGCACUGCAUGUCCUCAGGACUGGGAUUGCAUCAGGGAGAGCAGCUGGAGAGGGGGAUGAAGAGGGAGAAGAGCGAUGGAAAUCCUUCACAUUAAAAAGAGGAGGAACUUGUAAUGGCACCUGGACACCUAGCACUCAGGACAAAGUACAGUGAGGAAGCCUGCCAUUUAGCAGCCUCUCUGUUUUCCUUGGUGAAGAUGAUAUCCACCUGCUUAGAUGCUUUUUGUUUGUUUUUCUUUAACCCAAUUGUGUUUCUGAAGGUUUUUUGACACCUCCUGCUUUUCUACCAGCUCCUGCUCUCUGCCAUUAAAGCACUGUGGUAGGCUGCACACUCCCCUGAUGUUUUUUUAGAGGUGGUGUUCUGCAGCAGGGAGAGGUUUACACGUAUGCAUCUCUUUCCAUCUCUCCCUCUGUUAAUCCUAGCUACUAUUCCUACCUUGGAUUACCAAGCCCAAAGAAAGUUGUAACAGUCAAGUUACGUACAGGAGGGGAGCAUGGAGCUGCUCUCAGGGGCAGUGCACCUGAAGGGCAAGUCAAACGGAUGAUGUAAUCCUGAAAACAUCAACACAGCAGGUGCAGUAAAUCCCUUGAAAAAACAAUUUGCCCCUACUCUUUCACUCCAGUGCAGCCAUGGAUCUUCCCUGGGGCAGUGCUCAGUACAGGGCUGACAACGAAGCCAGCAGCACAGCUCUGUGAGCUCAGAAGAUUAAAGCCACCAAAUUGUUAAAUUGCCCACUUGUCACAGCCCUCGGUGUUAAACAUGGGAUGUAUACAUACCGUGAUGGGUCACGACAGAGGUGGUCUUUUCGCAUCAUUAAAUUUCUGCUGUGAAAUUAGCCACUCUAGAACAGAGCUGACAGGAUUGAUCCUGCAAAGGGUCCUUUCCUCCAUGGGAGGCCGUGAUCUUCUGCAACGCCCUCAGAGGAGCUCAGCGCUUCCCUGAAAUACCUCUGAACCAAGAGCUUUCAAUGAAAAACUGCCUUUGGAAGGAUUUAGUUCCCUCUUUGUGCAAAAUAAACCUCUAAGGCUUGUUACUCACAUGGAUCCAGAGUCAAGCACCAUUCUGGUACAGUGAGUUUAAGGGUGAAUGAUUACACUAUGAAAAAAAAAGCACAACAAAUUAAACUUGACAAAAGACUUCUGUAAUAGCUAUAAAGAUUUAUGUAAUGUGUUUUUUAAAGCUCAAGUGAACCAUCAAAUCAAUUGGGAAAAAAAAGGGAGAAAAUCAGUCUUUGUUAUUAGACUGUUGAGUAUAAAAGGCAAUUUAGUGCUUUCUAAGCAUUUGCAGUAGCUGUAAAACAAGCAUCCAGUGUUCAGAGUUCCCUGUUGCUCUUUAAUGAACCAGGCUCACUGAAUUCACUGGAGCACAUUUUUAAAGCAAGAAAAUUAUCAGUGUACACAAGAUAACCAAAUGACAAAAUGGGAAAGUUUUGCUGCAAAACCAACAGGAUACAUACAGCGCAUGCGGGUUCCUUCAGUCUGCAGUUUUAACUCUUGCUAUAAAAAUAAUCCAGUAUCCUCUUAUGGAAAAAAAAAUAUCCUGAAAGUGUACAGCUGUAUUCUGGUAUGUCUCAGAACGUAUUGGAUCUGUAACAGAGAGAUUGGAUGGCAGACCUACAAGAAGCUCAUUAGCUUCAGGAGUACUACAGUUGGUUAUGUUGGAGAAGCGUGUCUUUCUUCCUCUGAAAUUCUGUACCUCUGAAUCAGUUCACAUUCUCAUUCAGUGUCUUCAGCCUGUUUUUCUGUACACUAUGCAACUGAGGUGGGUGUAUUUCUGAAUGAUGUUUUUGUACGACAACUGAUUGUGAAUGAGUGAAUAAUUCUGAGAAUGCUGUUAUAAAAAUACACAUCUUUUUGUAAAUACUGUAAGAUUUUUGAAAAAAAAAA